UUCCAACCUUAGGAUGAUGAUCAUCAUCAUCAUCAACGUUUUACGUAUUUUGAAGGCCUUUACUCUGUCGUUCUCAUAGACGAUCGGUUGUCAUCCCGCUAUUUCAUCUUGGCCGUGAAGCAAUGGAGGAAUUGCUCGCGUUUCCCUCGCACCACCCAAACGAAAAGAUUGCUCCCCUCAGAGAGAGGGGGGAAGCAGAGGGAAGCGAUGCAUCCUCGAUAGGGAGAGAGGAGGAAGGGGCACCAUGUCGUCGACGCCAAUCAAGUACGCGCGGCGCACGUCGAGCGGGCGCAUCGUCAGCCUCUCCCGCGACGACGACAUGGACCUGGGCGUCUCCGGCGAGUUCACCUCCACCUCCUCCGGGGGACACAAUGACUACAUCAAUUACACCGUGAUGAUGCCCCCAACCCCGGACAACCAACCCAAAGCCGCCGCCCCUGGCUCCAAGCCCGACGACCUCCCGUCGCCCUUCGGUGGCGCCGCGAAGGGCUCGGGCCGACGACGCAGAGGCGUAGGGGAGGAGGGCGACGGAGGAAGAGGAGGAGGACAUGGGGCGGGGAAGCUGGACCGGAGGAUGUCGGUGAUGAAGUCGAUGUUGAUGAGGAGCCAGACGGGGGAUUUCGAUCACAACAGGUGGCUGUUCGAGACGAAGGGGACGUACGGGAUCGGAAAUGCCUUCUCGUCGAAGGACGAGGUCGAGUUCGACGAGGAUGGCGAGCCCAUUAACAUAUCGGAUUUCUUGGAGAAGCCAUGGAAGCCGCUUACGAGGAAGAUGAAGGUUCCGCCCGGCAUCCUCAGCCCCUACAGGGUCCUGGUGGUGCUCCGGCUGGUGUUCUUGUCCCUCUUCCUGUCAUGGCGCGUGCGCAACCCCAACGCGGACGCCCCGUGGCUGUGGGGAUUGUCCAUCGUCUGCGAGAUCUGGUUUGCCUUCUCCUGGAUCCUGGACCAACUGCCCAAGCUCAACCCCAUCAACCGCGCGGCCGACCUCGUCGCCCUCCGCGAGAAGUUCGAGACGGCGUCCCCCUCCAACCCUCUCGGCCACUCCGACCUCCCGGGCCUCGACGUCUUCAUCUCCACCGCUGACCCCGAGAAGGAGCCGCCCCUCGUCACUGCCAACACCAUCCUUUCCAUCCUCGCCACCGAGUACCCCGUGGAGAAGCUCUCCCUCUACAUCUCCGACGAUGGCGCCGCCCUGCUCACCUUCGAGGCCAUGUCCGAGACCGCCGCCUUCGCCCGCGUCUGGGUACCCUUCUGCCGCAAGCACAACAUCGAGCCACGCAACCCGGACAGCUACUUCGCCAUCAAGCGCGACCCUACAAAGAACAAGAAGCUCCCCGACUUCGUCAAGGACCGCCGCUGGAUCAAACGCGAGUACGAUGAGUUCAAGGUCCGCAUCAACGGCCUCCCCGACACAAUCCGCCGCCGCUCCGACGCCCUCGACGCCCGCGAACGCAAGCUCGCCCGCGAGAGGAGCGGCGGCAGCGAGGCGAACGCGGCAUCCUCGGGCGCUGAAACCAAGCCCGCCGUCACAGCCACCUGGAUGGCGGACGCUACCCACUGGCCGGGCACCUGGAAGGUGCCGUCGCCGGACCACUCCAAGGGCGACCAUGCCGGGAUCGUCCAGGUGAUGAUCAAGACCCCCCACCACGACCCCCUCUACGGCGCGCCCGGCGACCACCCCUACCUGGACUUCACCGGCAUCGACACCCGCCUCCCCAUGUUCGUGUACGUGUCCCGGGAGAAGCGCCCCGGGUACGACCACAACAAGAAGGCGGGCGCCAUGAACGCCCUGGUGCGUGCCUCCGCCAUCCUCUCCAAUGGGGCCUUCAUCCUCAACUUCGACUGCGACCACUACAUCUACAACUGCAUGGCCAUCCGGGAGGGCAUGUGCUACAUGAUGGACCGCGGCGGCGACCGCGUCUGCUACGUGCAGUUCCCGCAGCGGUUCGAGGGCAUCGACCCCUCCGACCGCUACGCCAACCACAACACGGUCUUCUUCGACGGAAACAUGCGAGCCCUCGACGGGCUCCAGGGACCCAUGUACGUCGGCACCGGCUGCCUUUUCCGCCGCUACGCGCUCUACGGAUUUCCCCCUCCGCGCGCCAACGAGUACUUGGGUCUCUAUGGCCAGAACAAGCGUCCGGCCCCGCCACCGCGGGUGGCGACCAGCAUGGACGCGGACGACCCCUCCGGUCCCUCGCUCGACAUGGACCCGGACCUCUGCGCGCCCGUGAAGUUCGGCAACUCCACUAUGUUCGGCAACUCCAUCGCGGUGGCCGAGUACCAGGGUCGCCCCCUGGCCGACCACCCGGGGAUCAAGAACGGCCGCCCGCCGGGCGCACUGCUCGUGCCCCGCACGCCCCUCGACGCGCCCACAGUCGCGGAGGCCGUCUCCGUUAUCUCAUGCUGGUACGAGGACAACACGGAGUGGGGGCAGAGGGUGGGGUGGAUCUACGGGUCGGUUACGGAGGACGUGGUGACGGGGUACCGGAUGCACAACCGGGGGUGGCGGUCAGUGUACUGCAUCACGAAGCGGGACGCCUUCCGUGGGACGGCGCCCAUCAACCUGACGGACCGGCUGCACCAGGUGCUGCGAUGGGCCACCGGCUCCGUGGAGAUCUUCUUCUCCCGCAACAACGCCCUCCUCGCCACAACCCGCCUCAAAUUCCUGCAACGCAUCGCCUAUCUCAACGUCGGCGUCUACCCCUUCACCUCCAUCUUCCUCGUCACCUACUGCUUCCUCCCGGCGCUCUCCCUCUUCAGCGGCAGCUUCAUCGUGCAGACCCUCAACGUCACCUUCCUUGUUUACCUCCUCCUGAUCACCAUCACCCUCACCCUCCUGUCCCUCCUCGAGGUCAAGUGGUCGGGGAUCGGCCUGGAGGAGUGGUGGCGCAACGAGCAGUUCUGGGUGGUGGGCGGCACCAGCGCCCACCUCGCCGCCGUGGUCCAGGGCCUGCUGAAGGUCAUCGCCGGCAUCGAGAUCUCCUUCACGCUCACCUCCAAGUCGGCCAACGACGACGAGGACGACAUCUACGCCGACCUGUACGUGAUCAAGUGGACCAGCCUCUUCAUCCCGCCACUCACCAUCAUCAUCGUCAACCUGGUGGCCAUGGCGAUCGGGUUAUCGAGGACAGUGUACAGCGAGAUCCCGCAGUGGAGCAAGCUGCUGGGUGGGUUCUUCUUCAGCUUCUGGGUGCUGGUGCACAUGUACCCCUUCGCCAAGGGGCUGAUGGGGAGGAGAGGGAGGACGCCCACCAUCAUCUGGGUCUGGUCCGGCAUCGUCGCCAUCACCCUGUCGCUGCUGUGGGUAUCCAUCAACCCGCCGGACAAUAGCAUUCACAGCAGCGGAGGAAUCGAAAUCUGAACGAACAGGCAGAAACAAAGCGCGCGUGCGUGCUUCCCAUCAAGCAGAAAUAAACAGCUGUAAAAACCGUACUGUCACAUUAAAAUAUGCU